AUGCGAUUCGCCCUCCUUGUUGCCGCUUUUGUCGUCUCUGCAUGCGCAAAGACAAUCGUGAUCACCGUUGGAGGUAACACUACCAGUGACCCUGGUGCAGUCUUCAAUCCUCAAACUGUGGUCGCCUCUGCAGGCGAUGUUGUCAUGUUCAAUUUCACCCAGGGCAACCAUACCGCAACGCAGUCUACUUUCGCGUCCCCUUGUACGGCCGUCCACUUCACAAACUCUAGUAUCAAUGGCUUCGACACUUCUUUCCGUGACACACACAAUGGAACAGCCAUCACUCAAUUCACCCUCCCGAUAACUGACAAUACCACCACCAUCUGGUUUUUCGACUGGAACACGUGCCCAGAAGGUGGUGUCGGAGGAAUCAACCUCAAUGACUCGAGCCUUGAAACAUUGGAAGGCAUCACUCGUAACGCCAUCCGGUUGAAUGGAACGGGGUCUUCUAGUUCCUCAAGCAGUGCCUCUCACACUGGUAGUUCUACUCAAUCUGCAACCUCACCAACGUCUUCGGCCAACAAUGUUGACAACUCUUCCUCUGCUGAUCGUGCUGUAGUUCUUGGGCUCUCCGGCGUCUUGCCUGCGUUGGCCAUGUUGCUCGCUCUUUCUUUGUAA